AUGGCUAAUAGGGAGCAGGAUGAGCUUUUGACCUAUCUUAAUGAAUGGAACAUGAACACGAGAAAAAUUCAAGCUUCGACGCCGCACAAAGUGAAGUCCCAAUCUUGUAAAGUCGUGUCAAAAAGUGAGAAUGAGAUAUCGGAACAGCGAAAAACGGACGCGCGUUCAAUAUUUCUCCGCAAUAUCCCUGUGGAUAUCUCAAUCAAUCUGUUAGAAGACCAUUUCAAGCUCUAUGGUACUAUAAACCGUGUUACUAUCUUCACAAAUCGCAAAACCUUCAACCUGGGCUAUGCAUACAUCGAAUUCGAGGAGGACUGUUCGGCGGACCAAGCUCUUGAUUUGAAUAACUCCGAGUUAUGCGGGCAUAAAAUUGAAGUUACAAAGAAGAGGACAAACCUUCCUGGAAUAAGAAGGAAGCCAUACAAGAAGAAUUCAUAA